AUGUUCCUAUCACGCAUUUCGCUUCCCGCCCCUCCAACCCCGGAAGCCGAAGACAUCUUCUCGUCGGCCCUGCCGGCCCUCUUCACCGACGACGCCCCCAACAGUCACGGCACGCCCGGGUCGAGCGUGACAUACCAUUCUCCGCGGUUUGGGGAUCUGGCGCUGCGCAUCCCAGCCUACCCGGGGUUCGAGGAAGGUCGAAAACUGUUUGCACACCACUUGUGGAAUGCCGGCGUGAUUGCCGCAGAUGCCAUUGAGACAGCUAGUCAAGAUCAUGACGAACGAGAUCGCCUGGAUACGCAGGACCCAACGCACGUCCUGGUCCAAUGGAACAAGAAGUACUGGGAUGUGAGAGGGAAGCGGGUUCUUGAAUUAGGAGCUGGAACGGCUCUUCCGUCGCUGAUCUGCGCGCUGGCUGGCGCAGCGUCGGUCACGAUCACGGAUCAUCCCUCUUCGCCUGCCUUGACGAGCGGGGCAAUUGAGCAGAACGUCAGAGAUAACGUUCUCAAACGACGACGAAAGCGAACGACAUCCAUAACAAACGUGGACGUGUUCGGAUACACAUGGGGGACCAGCAAAAUGUAUCUGACCAGCCACUACGGCAAACCGGCCCCGUCUCAACCCGACUCUUUCGACAGAAUCAUCAUCGCAGAUUGUCUCUGGAUGCCGAUGCAGCAUGUGAACCUGGUCAAGACGAUCCUGCGGUACCUGGAAUCCUCACCUACAGCUCCAGCUCCAUCUUCAUCUCCAUCUUCACAACAACACCAACCCGAUGAUCAAGCCUGUGUAUUUGUCGUGGCCGGGUUCCAUACCGGUCGUGGGAUCGUCCGGCAUUUCUUCAAGGUGCAAGGACGGCUGCGAGCGGCGGAGAUUUUCGAGAUCGAUGUCAGCGGCAUUCGAAGGCCUUGGCUGCCUGUGCGAGAGGGAGAGACCAAGGAGCAGUCCAAGAGAUGGUGUGUUUGCGCCGUUCUGGUGAGACGGUGA